CCAAAGUUCUGCUCGUAACAGCGCCUUGGUCAUCUUCACUUUGCGUUCAUUAACAAAAACAAUUAAACUUCUCCUCAUCCCUCAAAUUCCAAAUAUACUUCAUGUACUCUCUACCACUAUCGUCUAUGCAAUAGAUCUGGACUUAUUUUUCAUUCCUAAUAUCUUCAUGAAGAAGGUCACUUCCUCUCAAUUUCUCCUCCUUCAACUCCUUGCCUUAUGGUUCACAUCACUUGCUUUUGGAGCCAAUACCACUCAGCCAGAAGAAGUGCAAGCUCUGAAAGAUAUGGGCAAGAUCCUUGGUAAGAAGGAAUGGGACACUGAUAUAGACCCAUGUUCAAGCCAACAUCCCUGGUUCACACCUAAGGUGGACACCGUAGAGAACAAUGUCACUUGCAAUUGCUCUAUCCCCGGUGACAACUUCUGCCAUGUUGUUUCAAUAUUGCUGAAAUCACAAAAUCUUCCAGGCAAGCUCCCACCCGAACUGAUAAGGUUGCCUUACCUCGAAGAAAUCGACCUCACUCGCAACUACCUUAACGGUACAAUACCUACCGAAUGGGGCUCCUCCAAUCUUCGCAAAAUUUCUCUUCUUGGAAAUCGCUUAACUGGUCCAAUCCCAAAAGAGAUAGGAAACAUCACCACGCUCGAAAGUUUGGUCUUGGAAUUCAAUCAAUUUUCUGAAAAUCUACCUCCAGAACUUGGGAACCUUUCUAGCAUUCAAAGAUUGCAUCUUACGUCUAACAACUUUACCGGAGAGUUGCCUGAAACUUUGGCGAAACUUACAACAUUGACAGAACUCCGGCUUAGUGACAAUAAUUUCUCUGGAAAGAUACCCGAUUUUAUUCACAGAUGGACAAAUCUUGUUUUACUAUCAAUUCAAGGGAGUGGUUUAAGUGGGCCUAUUCAUUCUGGAAUUUCAUUUCUGCAAAACUUAACAGACUUGAGAAUCAGUGACUUGAAUGGAUCUGAUUCUACUUUUCCACCGAUUAAUAAUAUGACAAAAUUGCAAACGCUGAUACUAAGGAGUUGCAAUAUUAAUGACACCUUACCUCCAUAUCUUGGGAACAUGAAAAGCAUUCAAGAUUUGAGAACUUUAGACCUAAGCUUUAACAAAUUAAGCGGACAGAUUCUGGAAACCUAUAAAAAUCUUUCAAGCCUGACCUACAUAUAUUUUACUGAAAACUUGUUUACUGGACCUGUACCCAACUGGAUAGAAGAUGCUGGUAAAUACAUUGAUCUUUCAUAUAACAACUUCAGCAAUGAAACCCUCCCGCAACAAACAUGCCCACAGGCUCAACACACCGGAACAGAAGUGAACUUGUUUGCAAGCUUUCCAAUGAGCCAAAAUGGACCUCUUCCCUGUCGUCCGAUGGCAAACAAAUAUGCAUGUUCUAGAAUCUUAAACUCUCUCCAUAUAAACUGUGGUGGUGCAAGAGAGACAAGCAGUGAAGGUAUAAUAUAUGAUGGCGAUUCAGAUUCAUUAGGACCAUCAACAUCUAAAGAGGUGGGAGAAAACUGGGCAAUUAGCAACACUGGUCACUUCUUGAAUAGCAAUGCCUCAGAAACCUAUAUCCAACAAAAUACAACUAGGCUUUCUAUGCCCGAUAAUGCCUUGUAUAAGACCGCGCGUGUGUCCCCCAUUUCUCUCACUUACUAUGGAUUUUGUCUGGAAAAUGGAGACUACACUGUCACGCUCCAUUUUGCAGAGAUAGCUUUCACUGAUGAUGAUACAUAUAAGAGCCUAGGGAGGCGUAUAUUUGAUAUUUACAUUCAGAGAAAACUGGUAUGGAAGGAUUUCAAUAUUGCAUAUGAAGCAGGAGGAGUUGGAAAGGAAAUUAAAAUACCAUUUCCUGCUUAUGUGAAUAAUAACUCUUUAGAGAUUCGCUUUUAUUGGGCUGGGAAAGGGACAGAUGGUAUCCCAUAUAAAUCAAUAUAUGGUCCUCUUAUAUCAGCUAUAUCUGUCACUCGUGACUCUACAGGUGGCAGCAUGUCUGCAGGGGUUGUAGUUGGAAUAGUAGUUGCUGCAAUUGUUCUUGUCAUCCUAAUUGUACUUUGCUGGAGAAUUUAUAUUAGGAAAAGAAAUUCAUUAGCAAAAGAGUUACAGGAUUUAAAUCUGCAAACGAGUUUAUUUACUAUGCACCAAAUCAAAGUUGCAACUAACAACUUUGAUAUUUCCAACAAGAUUGGAGAAGGAGGCUUUGGUCCUGUUUAUAAGGGCAUUUUAUCAAAUGGCACGAUAAUAGCUGUCAAGAUGCUUUCAUCUAGGUCAAAGCAAGGAAAUCGUGAGUUUAUAAAUGAGAUAGGCUUGAUUUCAGCCUUGCAGCACCCUUGUCUUGUUAAACUUUAUGGUUGUUGCGUUGAAGGAGAUCAAUUGUUGUUAGUAUACGAAUAUAUGGAAAACAAUAGCCUUGCACAAGCUUUAUUUGGUAGUGGAGAAUCUCGAUUAAAAUUGGAUUGGCCAACAAGACACAAGAUCUGCCUUGGUAUUGCUAGAGGUUUGGCUUUCUUACAUGAAGAAUCAAGAUUAAAAAUUGUUCACAGGGACAUUAAGGCCACUAAUGUGUUACUAGACAAAGACUUAAAUCCAAAAAUAUCUGAUUUUGGUCUAGCCAAGCUCGAUGAGGAGGACAAUACUCAUAUAAGCACAAGAAUAGCUGGGACUUAUGGAUAUAUGGCUCCAGAAUAUGCAAUGCAUGGUUAUUUGACAGACAAAGCAGAUGUGUAUAGUUUUGGAGUGGUUGCCUUGGAAAUUGUAUCUGGAAAGAGCAAUACCAUCCACCGACCCAAGCAAGAAGCAUUGCAUCUUCUAGAUUGGGCACAUUUAUUGAAAGAGAAAGGUAACCUAAUGGAGCUAGUUGAUAGAAGGUUAGGUUCAAAUUUAAAUGAAAAUGAGGUAAUGAUGAUGAUCAAAGUGGCUCUCCUAUGCACCAAUGCCACUUCAAACCUUAGGCCCACCAUGUCAUCGGUGCUUAGUAUACUAGAAGGAAGAACUAUGAUUCCAGAAUUUAUUUCAGAUCCAUCUGAGAUAAUGGAUGAAAUGAAGUUAGAGGCAAUGCGACAAUAUUACUUUCAAAUAGAAGAAAAUGAGAGAAACGAGACACAAACAGAAAGUCAUAGUUUAUCAAUUGAUGGGUCAUGGAUGGCUUCAUCUUCAUCAGCUGCAGAUCUAUAUCCUGUCCACGUUGAUUCUUCCUAUUGGGAGAAAAGAAAUUAGGAGUAUGUAUAAAUUGUACCUAUAUAUCUAGGUGCUAUUCUUUGUUCUUUCAUUCCCAUGUUUUCCUCUUAAAGCACAAUUCCAUGCAUAACUGUUAUAUAUUUAAGUAUCACAAAGUCACAUCCGUUUCCUCCUAAGCUACUUAGCGGUUUUAGUGGGACCAAACAAGUCUAUAUGUAGUAGUUCUAACGCUUCUCACCAGUGCUUACUAUAUUUUUAGAGUUAAAA